CCCUGCUCCCUAUUUGUUUGUUGUUGAUGAUGAGCCCAAUAAGAGAGAGAGAGAGAGAGAGAGGGUAGGAUGAGCAGCAUCGACAUGAAUAAGUGAGCCUCCUCUCCUACCUAGGGUUGGGUGCACCCAUCUUCUUCCCAUUAUUAUUGUUUUUGAACUCAUUUCUCAGUCAUUUGCAGCUGAUAUCACCUGUGAAUUCAGCAAAGAUUUUAGGGUUUUAUGAGCACUUCUCCCGAUUUGUGAGGGCUUACCUUGAUAGUCCAUGGAGCUCCUCGACAAGGGUUGGCAUCUGAGAUCAAAGUCUUGUGGUUAGUUAGGAGAGAUUAUCAGGUAGCACAGAGAGAGGAAGGACGCUUCCAUAGAGAGAGACAGCGAGGAAGAUGGGGCGAGGUAAGAUCGUGAUUAGGAGGAUCGACAAUUCGACUAGCAGGCAGGUGACCUUCUCAAAGCGUCGGAGUGGGUUAAUGAAGAAGGCGAAGGAGCUCUCCAUCUUAUGCGAUGCCCAAGUUGGCUUACUUGUGUUCUCCAGCACCGGCCGGCUCUACGAAUUCAGUAGUUCCAGCUUGAAGGACAUCAUCGAUCGAUACCAGAAAACCAAAGAGGGAAGAGACAGAGAUCUUCCAGCACCAGAGAUAUUGGCCAAGCCUCUCUCAAAUCUUUCAGUGGCGAAACUGGCCCAGCCAAAGUCACUGCAGGCAAAGAAAGAUGGUGCCAUGAGAAGGAGGAGAAUGCCACGACCCUUUAUUAUGGAGGCCAUAAGUUUAAGGCAGCAGGCAGAAAAGAUAAAAGAAACCCUCAAACAAUUGGCCGGGGAAGAUCUCUCAGAACUAAGCAUCAAUGAGCUUCAAGCACUGGAGAAUCGACUGGAGAACAGCUUGGUUCGGGUUCGAAAGAAAAAGGAGGAGAUUUUACUUGAUGAAAUCAAGGAACUGAAUCAAAAGAGAAAUCACCUACAUGAGGAGAACAUUGAAUUGCGCAACAAGGUUUUUGCAAUGAAACAAUCAAAUGGAGAACUACUCAAUACAGCUGUUGCUGUUGGGUUAGAUACUUUUCGACUGAGAGAGGAACAGCACAUGUCGCUGCAGCUUCAACUAAAUGGUAUCCAACAACAUGCACGCGAAGGAAAUACAGAUCUCAGGCUAUUACUGCGAUGACAGGAUGAAUCGUUCUUGAUCAUCAGAAUCAGCUGAAUAAAAACCAAGUAUUAUUGUUGUGCAGGUGGUAAAUCUUUCCUUUUGUAUCCAAGACUUGUAUUGCAGUUUAGUCAAUGAAGGGCGUGAAACAACAGACAUAACGAACAAAAUAAGAUUCUCUAUACAUUCUACAACUGACAACGUAAGGAGAUUGUAGUAUCCAGGGAUACCUGAUUUCUAUUAAAGCAUGUUCGACAACAAUAAUUUCAUUGGAAACAAGGAAUAGGCAUCAACAGCUUGAUCAACCUUUCAACUAGUCUCCACAAUCAUGCAUCUACAAGCCCAACAAAGUGGAAAAACAAACAAUGAAGGCAAAAAGAAAGAGAAAAAAGAUAAAAACUGAAAGAAAUACCAACAAGAGGAACAGAGAAGAUCAGUCCUACAUUUCCAGUUUUCCAUAAGAAUGCUUUGAAAAUCCCAAAAUGCUCGAACUUUAGAUGAAGUUCAGACAUCAGAAUAUAACAUUCAUAUGCAAUUGCAAGAGCAACAAUCCAAACUGCUGACAGAAACAAUCCUUGAAUGCCUUGCCGUCCAAAGAAAGUGCAGAAGAAAAGAAAUCUACGGCUUUGCAAUGCAUUAAAAAUACAGCAAAGGAUUUCAAGCCCCAACCCCAACCAUGUCUGAACAGAACACCAAGUAAUGAAAUGGUAGAUAUCAGGGUUACCCAGAGAGAGACAAAGGGGUACAUGACUUGAGCGUCAAGUUGGAAAUGAACUCAUGCAUCAUGAAAAUAGUUGAUUAGUAUGUGUGAACUGUCACAGUGUUGGCUUAGAGCACCCCUAUAUGCCCUAUCAGCCAGAUAUAUGAAUGGGCAAGGCCAGCCUUGCAGAUGUUCCUUAUAAACUAUUUUCACGACAUUCUUGGGAAGGAUUCUAGCGGGACCAAGAUAGUUCAUGUGUCGGGGAGCAGUAUGUCUCAUAGAUGAGCCAGCUCCAAGUAAGGUCCCGACAUUUUCAAAGACAGGAAUGGCAUCACAAUAGCCUCAGGGUUACACCUGAAGAGGGCUUGAAGAUGGAUCAUGGCGCACAUGUAGCAGCAUUGUACAAGGGGAUAAGAAGCACUGCAUCCAUCAAGGAAUACAUAAGCUACAUGAAUAUUCUGAAGGUAUAAUGCCCCAUGAUCUGCCACAGGUGUUGCCUCCAUGUAAGGAGCAGACCCAAGAUACAGCUUUGAUCUUCCAAACGUAAGAUUUAGCACUGACAAUCAGGCGUUAAACAAGAUAACCAACAAGACCGGCAGCCAUCCCUAAACUGCAAAUUUGUUUAGACAGUUGUGGAGUGUCAAAACUUACUAAAGUUGGUUUUCCGGUGGCUUGAAAUCGUUGGGCCCUCAGAUGACGCAGUUUCAAAGUAUUAGUUAAGUUUUGAUGGUUCAUAAGACAUUCCUCUUUUCAGAUAACGUGGCUCAAUAGAAAUAUUGCUUGAAAGUUAUACAGGUGUUCCUCCGAGAUGCUUGACAAGCUUUCCAGAACUGCUAAGGAUUAUGGAACAGUGGAGAAGAAAUAUCUAAGAUAUGAAGAGGAGAAGAAAUAUCUAAGAUACUCGAUUAUGCAAUCUCAUGAUUCAAACUCCUGUAUUUGAAGAUAAAAUUUCAGUAAUAAGUUUCUCCCGAGUUCAGUGUGGAGGAUGCUUUUCAGCACCUAGGGGUGAAUGGCGCCAAUUAUCUUUUUUUGUUUCAGAAACUUUUCCAUACAUCUGUCUUGCUAGUUGAAGUGGAGAGUGUUAAAAUAGCAGAAUUCAGUGCACCACUGCCCCAAUAACCAAAUAAAUUCUCCAAACUAUCAAGCAUGGGAAUUUUGCAACGAUAUGAUUCAGAAACUUUUAGAAGUGGAGAUAAUUUAUGUUGAUGGUUCAUCAGGGUUUCUCAGUAUAUCAGAUAAGAAAUUUAAAUGGAAACGAAAUAAACAGAGUACAAGAAAUGCUCAGGAUAUAGCACUUUCUUGUGGGUCUAUUGGAUCGCCUAUUCAGUCUGCAACCACUUCAUAUUCAGCUGAAGAUGAGUUAUAGAAAAUUGGAAAUAAAUUAGAGAUAUUUUCUACCAAGAUAUUUUCACAAGAAUCUAUCAGCUUCAGCACAAUAAUUAAAAUUUGGUUCAAGGAGACUUAUCAGAUCAACAUUAUAAUUUGCUGUGGUUAUUAUGGGAUCCAUGGAAGAUGACGUAUUCUAAGCCUACGAGACCAAGCUUGUGAUAGUUCCAAAUUAAUAAGAAUCAACCUCAAAUUUCAAAUCGUAAGAACUGCCAUCCAUAACAGACUCCUUCCUCUGAAUGUAAGAAAGGUAAUACCUACAUCAGAAGACUCAUAACAGAGGAGAGAUGAUUAAUCAACCAAUUCCCAAUCAAGCAGCUCAAUCUGCUUCAGUAAAGAUGUUUGGGGCCUCAUGCAAUUGAUUAGAGAUUUUUCUCCCAGUCAUGGGGAAGAUAUGGAGCAAAAUGCCGCCAACAUAACAAGCCAGAUAAAAGUAUCAUUAAUUUUUCGCAAAUGCAAGCAAAAGAAGACCAGAGAGUUCAGACCAAGGCACAUGCCACAAUUCUUUUUCUUCCCUCACCUACAAAAGGAUCGGGUGCUGCUCCAGUUAGAGAUAAAGCAGUAAUUGCUUCAUCUUCUACUCAUGAGUUAAAGUAAGUGUACAACAGAUCCAGUACAAUUCGGUGAGUAAGAUCAUAUAGAAAGAAGGAAUUCCUCAUGUAAGUGUACAACAGAUCCGGUACAACAAAACCAAAUAUUUUGAUUCAUUUUAGACUGCUUUGGCAUCAAAUACUGUUCAUAAUUAUUGGA